UGCUGAUCUGUGUGUCUGUCCUCGACGUGCUCGCUGCAGCUCGGAGUGUUUGGUCCGACUCGGCCUGCAAACAUCAUGACAGGAGACCAGUGGGGAUAUGGCAAAGAGGACGGGCCUUCAGCAUGGCAUAUAAACUACCCGGUUGCUUUGGGAAACCGCCAGUCCCCUAUAGACAUCGUCCCUGAUGAGACCACGCUUGACCGAGACCUGGGUCCCAUUUUCCUGGACUAUGACAGCUGUACCUCCAUUAACAUCUCCAAUAAUGGACACUCUGUAGUUGUGGAGUUUGUUGAUUCUGAUGAUCGUUCAAUGAUCCGAGGAGGCCCUCUUGACAACCCAUAUAGGCUGAAACAGUUUCACUUUCACUGGGGGGAAAAGGGACACGAAGGAUCCGAGCACACUGUUGCAGGACUUGGAUACGCGUCAGAGCUUCAUUUAGUUCACUGGAAUGCCGUCAAAUACAGGUCAUUUACAGACGCAGCGUCAGCCCCUGAUGGUCUCGCUGUUCUUGGGAUCUUUUUAGAGACAGGUGACGACCAUCGAUGGCUUCAUUUGAUAACCGACGUUCUGUUCAUGGUGAAGUAUAAGGACAGUGUCACAGACUUCAAAGGCUUCAACCCUAAGUGCCUCCUGCCCAACAGACUUCACUACUGGACCUACCUGGGAUCGCUGACCACGCCCCCCUUACACGAGAGCGUCACCUGGAUCCUCCUGAAGGAGCCGAUCGUGGUUUCAGACAAACAGCUGGGAAUGUUCAGAAUGCUCCUGUUCAACGGAGAGGAGGAAGACGAGAGGAAGAAGAUGGAGAACAACUUCAGGCCUCCUCAGCCUCUCAACGGCAGAGAAGUGCGUUCCUCCAAUUAGUUCCUCUUCAACUCAUAGAUACACAAAGCUUUGUCAAGCAGCAGCUUCUGCAGGAAUAUGUUUUUAACCAUCAUGAUAGUUUGUUCUGUAGGCGUCUGAGCUGAUUUAGACAGAAAGGUAAAGAUCCAGUGUUUUGAGGCAAUUAGAGAUUCAUAAAAAUGGACUUUAUGAUGACACCAAGGAGCCAAGUGAUGAGAAAAUCAAGUCUUCUUUUAAACUUUAAUAACUAAUUAUGGAAAAACCUGCAACAAGGUUAUACAAGCACUUUAAACGAGCCGGUUCUGUUUUUCAGCUUUUAGCUCGAGCCGUCUGCUGGCGAAUAAAAGCUGCUUUUAUCCAAACUGUUUCGUUGUGCGUUACACAACUGAGGCCCCUUUUUAAAGCCAUGAAGAUUUUAAACUUUGUUUUAACCAGAUGAUUAAUUAAAAUUUAUUUAACUGAGUUAGAAUGAAACAGCAUAUUUUGAAAUGACAACAUUCUGCCUGAAUGUCACAUCUGUGGGGUUAAAUGAUUGGAUUUACGGUUAACCUCAAACUUCCUGUACAGUUUUAAAUUUUGUGUAAAUUGUGACAGUUUUUAUGCUGAAAUGUUACUGUCUUGUAAAAACAAGCCCCCUCCAAAUCAUUGAGCCUCUGUUGCGACUUGUUUUGUUGCUGAUGUGAGAAAUGAUGGAGAAAAUGGAGUUUACGAUUAGUUUUGAGUGUUUUGUAAAGCAUUUUUGUAACUUUUGCAAUGUUUGACAGGAAUAAAAUUAAAACUUUUGAACGAU